CAGCUGUGUCCAAAGACACAGAUGAUCACAAAGGCACCGAUGAUCAGUGCCCUGAUGAUCAAUGCCACCCACCUGUACCCAGCAGUGCCACCCACCUGUGCCCUGCAGUGCCACCCACCUGUGCCCAUCAGUGUCAACCACCUGUGCCCUGCAGUGCUGCCUAUCAGUGCUGUCGAGCAGUGCCGCCCAAUGCCUAUCAGUGCUGCCCAUCAGUGCCACCCAGCAGUACAGCAUCAUCAGUGACUCCUAUCAGUGCCCAGCAGUGCUGCCUAUCCGUGCCACCUCAUCAGUGCCCAUCAGU